AUGGGAUGUUUAUGUUCCGGAAAAACUGAAAUAAGCUUAAAUACAAAUAGCAGACCUAGAAGAAGGUCCUUUGACGUUCCUUAUGAGUAUGAAAAUAUUGACAUCUCCCCAUCACUUGUAAAAACCCUAUCUUUUUACCAAGUAUAUGAAUUAGAGCCGAAUCCAAUAGGUGGAGGAUUGCAUGGAGAGAUUCGAAAGUGCAAGCACAGACGGACUCAAGAAGCAAGAGUUGUGAAGAUAAUUCCAAAAGAAGGUCAAGAUAGUGAUCAGAAUAACUCUGUAUUAAACCAAGUAAACACCUUAAAAGCUCUUGACCACCCCAACAUAUUAAAAAUGAUUGACUUUUUUGAAGCGAAAACUGAAUAUUUUUUGGUCCUGGAGUAUCUUGAAGGAGGAGACUUGUGUGACAAAAUCACAAGUGGGAUGAGUUUUUCAGAGAAGCAAGCUUGCUCUGCUAUGAAGCAGAUAUUAUCAGGGGUAAGCUAUAUGCAUAGUAGAAGGUUAGUGCAUAGAGAUAUGAAGCCUGAUAAUAUUUUGAUUGUAAAUCCUGAGGAAAGUGACAAUUUUUCACUAAAAAUCAUUGACUUUGACUUAGUAGCAAGAUGCCAAAAAGGAAUGAUGCUGAAAGAAAUUGUGGGAACUGUGGAUUAUAUGGCGCCAGAAGUGUUUGAUGGAAAUUAUAAUGAAAAAUGCGAUGUGUGGAGUUGCGGGGUUAUUCUUUAUACUCUAUUAGAUGGAACUUUGCCUUUCACUGGGAAAAAUACAACUGCUCUUAUAAAUAGUAUCAAAAAAGGGAAAUUCCCUAUGGCUGGGCCCAACUGGGAUAGGAUUUCCGAAGAAGCCAAAGAUUUAUUAAGAAAGCUUCUCACCAAAGAUCCUAAGCGACGCAUAUCUGCACAUGACGCCUUAUCACACAGCUGGUUUCGAGCAACGCUAAUUGAAGCUAUCGACAUUCCUUCCAUUUUAUCUAAGCUUCAGUUCUACGAAGCUUCUUCCAAACUGAGAGAGGCCUUAAUUUCUUUCAUUCUCAACCAAGUCAUGCUCCAAAGCAACUUUUCUGAGCUCGAACUAGCAUUCCGAGCCAUGGAUUUAAAUGGCGACGGAGUUAUUUCGCAAGCAGAGCUAGACUAUUAUCUGCGAAAGACCAUGGGCGAAGAAGAAGCCAAAGCUCAGGCGGAGAUAAUAAUGAAUAAAGUGGACCGAGACUCCAAUGGUGUUAUUGACUAUUCUGAGUUCAUAAGAGCUACAUUAGGCACCAAAGCAAUCUUUUCUAGAGAAAAUAUCAUAAAAACUUUUAUUAUGUUUGACCAAGAAAAUAAAGGAGUGAUUUCGCGCGAAGAUUUAAUAAAGCUCGUGUCAGAUCAGAAUAAUAUUGAUAGGGAACUUAUGCAAGAAUUUUUAAGAGAAGUCGACCCUGAAAGUACGGGGAAGUUUGAGGUCAAAGAUUUUGAAGAAAUGCUGAUGUCGGAUACUGAUUCUAUUGGAAAGUUUGAUGAAAGAUUGGAAGAGACAAUGGCCAUUUAG